CCCUCCUCCGCCGCGCAUGCACGCGCCGCGCCUACAAGACAGACAGACAAUUCAACUCAGCAUUCACCCUCUUCUUCCUUCUCCUCUUUGUGUCCGCCGGAUCUCCUCUCCUUCUAGCCUUUGUCCCAUGCCAUCUCCUCUCCCUUGCCUCACCUCCUCCGCCGCGCGAUUGCUGCUGCUGCCAUCCUCUCAGCUAGCAGCUGCCCUCGCGCGCUACUCGUUUGAGAAGGAGGAAUUCUCCACGGCGACGGCAGCUAGUGGGACGGCCAUGGCGGGGUCGCAGGGGGAGGCGUCGCAGCCGCCGGCCGCCGGCGUCGCCGAGCGCAUCAUGCCGCAUCUCCUCAACAUGUAUGGAUCCCGUGCGACGGCGCGGGACUUUGAGAUUUAUGCGCCAAAUGCAACAUAUGAUGACCCGCUGAUGCGUGCUCAUGGGGUGAAGCAAAUCAAAUCAGCCUUUUACACACUUCCUAAGGUAUUCGGUGAAUCCAAGAUCGUGGAGUACACAAUACAAGAAAAUCCCACCGGAACGGGGAAAACCGAGGUUCUGAUCGACAACAAGCAGCAUUACAAGGUGUUCGGCAAGCCCGUGGAUCUGGCGUCGCUCAUCAGGCUCGAGGUCGUCGAUGGCAAGGUCGUCAAGCACGAGGACUGGUGGGACAAGAAGCCUCUGAAGAGCAAGGAGACGGUGGGGUUCCCGCUGCUGGGGCACAUGGCGCAGGCGAGCCGCCGGGGAGCCAUGCUGCUCACCCACGCACUCAUGGGAUUCGGCAAGGACUCCAGCUCCUCCUGAACCUCAACAGCAACAACCCAUACUCCGGUCCGGUGGUGGUUUUUUUGUCUGGGUAUUGGUUGCGCUGUAUUACUACUAGCUACUUUUCUAGAUUGUAUCAGUUCCAAAUAUUUAGAGGAUUCAGUCCUAAUACUGUAAUAGUUUUCGUGUAGAAUAUAAUAAAUUAUUUAAAAUAUCAAAACAUAUCUUAUUUA